AUUUUUUUGAAAUAAAAAAUAUUAAUAACAAAAUAGAAUUAAAAUCUAUCUAAAAUAUUGUUUUUUAAAAUAAAAAAUAGAAAUAUAUAUUUGCCGGAAAAUAGAAAUAUAUAUUUAAGUAAAAUAUAACUUUAUUUUGAAGUUACUUUAUUUUAGAAUAAAAAAUGGAGAAAUACAUCGAAAAUGGAGAGUGAAAAAUGCUAUCUAAUUCCAUUGGUAUUUCUUUUACGACUUAAAAAAAACCCAAGAAAAACCCUCGUCGCCUCCGUUUUCGAUUCAAGCCCGCGGCGUCGUCUGAUCCGCCGUUGGUUCGGCUUAUUUCUCAGUGGCUCCUCCCGCCGUGAUCAAUAGAACUUCCGCCGUCACCUCCGUUUUCAGUUCGCACCGCAAGACUGAUUUCUGUCUCCGUAUCGCCUGUUGUCCUCUCAGCCUCAUUUUACUGUCCUUGUCAUCGAAAACUUGCCUAGAAGCUAAAGUUAAAUUUCAAUUUGAAAUGCUAUCUUCUGUCUAUUUUGUUGGGUUUUGCUUAUGACACCUUUUUGUUUCAUUUUGGUAUUUUGAGUUAUAACAUUGUUAACGAGGAUUUAGUUAUCUGUGGCGUGUUGUAAAUUUGUAAUGUUAUUUAAUGUCGAAAGGUGAAAAUGUUGUUUAUGUGCUUUCACCAAUGUCAUGUGGUUAUGGUGCUUAUGAACAAUAUCUCCUGGGAAAAUAAUGAGUCAUCCUUACUGGGGAACUGAGUGAGUUACGGUCGGAACUAGUGUCAGUGAAUAUUCUCUGUAGAUGUUCUGUAACUUAUACUAGAAGGAAGCAUGCUUUAUAGUCUUCUUCCUCUCUUGUUCUUGUGUUCUUCAAACGUCUCUCUACCUUUUCUAAUCAAUGUACCUGUAAUGAUCAAAGUAGAUUUUCAGAAACUUGUGAUGAGAGAAGCUAAGAAACGCUCCUUGAUGCUGCUUGAUCCUGAUGUUAUUGAUUGUCCCAUCUGCUUCGAACAAUUGAAGAUCCCUGUCUUCCAGUGUGAUAAUGAGCAUUUGGCAUGCUCUUCUUGCUGUCUGAAACUGAGUGGUAAAUGCCCUUCCUGUGCUUUGCCUAUCGGCAACAAUCGCUGCAGAGCAAUGGAGACUGUUCUUGAAUCCAUCUUCGUAUGUGCCUUCUCUCAAUGCUCCUUCCCUGCACAAGACUGCGAUUACGCUGGAUCAUACAUGGAAAUGUGGGUUCACUAUUCUAUCCACCUGGAAAGUGUCAUGCAAAUAUAUGAAGAUAUUACGUUAAAUUUUGGCAUUUCCUUUACUGCCGAGUUGAACAUGAGCGAUAAGGUAGUACGUAUGGGGAAGUAUCCGAUGGGACUAUUGUUUGUAGUGCAGCGUUUUAAGGAGCCAUGUGGUGUGUAUGUGACUGUUAGUUGCAUUGCACCAUCUUCUCCAGCAGUAGGAAAGUUCUCAUAUGUUAUCUCCUAUACUGUGGAAGGACACACCAUCACUUAUGAAUCACCAGAGGUGAAGAGGGUUCUUGAAGUGAGUUUUCAAACCCCUCAGGAGAGUUUCAUGUUGAUCCCUAACAGUUUCUUGCGUGGUGAAUUGUUGAAGCUGAUGGUUUGCAUUAAGAGGUUGAACUAA